AUGAGCCACCCGCCCCGCGCGCUCAGCUGCCUCUCCAUCGCGCUCGUCCUGCCGCUGCUGCUGCCGCGCGGUCCGGGGCGCGUCGCGGAGCUCGCGGUUGCGGCGGAGUACUCCUCCAAGACCGAUUUGGAUUACGAGUUCGGGGAUUACCGGGGGAAGUGGUGCAUCGACGACCACGGGUUUGUUUACGGAAUCGGAGAGGUGUAUCACCCGAGCCAGACGGCGUGUCCGUGCACGUGCACUGUGGACGGCCCAGUGUGCGUCCGACCCAAGUGUCCCCGCAUCCACCCCCGGUGCACGCGGAUGACAUUUAAGGCAUGCUGUCCGGUGUGCGAGGCGAUGGCCAGGGUCUGCGUCUACGGGGGGAACACGUACCGACCCAUGGAGGAGUUCCGGUUGUCAAGGUGUGAGCGAUGUCGCUGCGAGGCCAACAGAGAGGUGUAUUGCAGCAUUUCGGACUGCCCCGCCCCGCACUGUGUCAACCCCACCUACGAGCCCAACCACUGCUGCCCCAUCUGCAAGACUGGUCCCAACUGCUUCGCUGGCAACAGGGUGAUCCCAGCGGGGGAACGUGUGGACAUUGGAGAGUGGACAGUAUGCUACUGCACCUACCGGGACGGGACGUGGCACACCCAUCCCCAGGCCACGUGUGAGACGCUCCCCCAGCCCAGCACCCCCACCGAGGUGGAGCCCAGGGGGAGAGAAAAGAGGCCGUUUAUUCCCAGGCUGGAUGUAAUACCAUGA